AGCUUUCCAUUGACUUGCGUUUGCAUCUGCAUCGAUCGCGCGGUGACUGGGUUUCACACAGCUCGGAGAAGCUCUUCGGCAGCUCCCGUAUCGGCGUGUUUCAAAUCGCUCCGUCUCUACCUCUUAGCACCCGCACCUGCCCCGCCGGCAUCAUCCCACUAACCACUACUCGCGAACUUGGACGGACGCCGGUGGACUUUCCACUGAAUCUGACGUUCGGGAUUGGAUUUGGGAUUUUGACUACGAGGUGAACGUUUUCCGAAGAACGACAUCACGAUGUGUUUCGGGAGUCGCGGCAAGAACGAUGAGGAGGGCGCUGCCCGGUCUCGGGAGUUGGAUAAGAUUAUUCGCGCGGACGAGAAGAAAAUGUCCAAGGAAGUGAAGCUGCUACUUCUAGGAGCCGGAGAAUCCGGGAAGUCGACAGUGCUCAAGCAGAUGAAGCUCAUCUAUGCGCAAGGGUUCAGCAAAUCCGAAAAGAUGGAGUGGAAACCUGUUGUGUUCACAAACAUAAUCCAGUCCUUCCGGCUCAUCUUCGAUGCGAUGAACGACAUGAAUCUCAAGUUCGAGAACGCGGACAAUGAGAAAAACAUGGCCCAAAUCAUGGUCGACUACGAGAUGACGGCGCACGAGCCGAUGCCCGAGGAGUACUUGGAGCCCAUAAAACAACUGUGGAUCGACGCGGGUGUCAGGAAGGCUAUGGAGAAGGGGAAUGAGUAUGCCCUACACGACAACUUGGAUUACUUCUGCGAUGACUUGGAGCGGAUUUGGGAUAAGGACUACGUGCCCACAGACCAGGAUCUCCUGCGGUCAAGACUAAGGACAACCGGCAUCACCGAAACCAUCUUCGAGCUGGGCCAGCUCACUUACCGGAUGUUCGACGUGGGUGGUCAGCGGUCGGAGCGAAAGAAGUGGAUCCACUGCUUCGAGAACGUCAACUGUUUAUUGUUCCUGGUGGCCAUCUCCGGGUACGACCAAUGCUUGGUAGAGGACAAGGACGGCAACCAAAUGAACGAAGCGCUGAUGCUGUGGGAGUCGAUCGCCAACUCCCACUGGUUCACCAAGUCAGCGCUCAUCCUCUUCCUCAACAAGAUGGACCUGUUCAAGGAGAAGCUUUCCAAGAGCCCGAUAACAGAACACGGUUUCAGCGACUACCACGGACCGCCGGAUGACUGGAAAGCGGCCAGCAAGUACUUCAUGGACAAAUUCCGGGCACUGAACAGAAAUCCGGAGAAGGAGAUCUACGGCCACUUCACUAAUGCGACCGACACAAACCUGCUCAAGCUCACGAUGGGUUCUGUACAGGACAUGAUCAUCCAAAGGAACCUGAAGCAGCUCAUUCUGUAAGAGGCGAUAUUCACACAUUCAGGAACUCUUUUCUUUCCUCAUCCUUGCGGGGCCCCAAAGGCUUUACGGUCAACGCAGCACCAUGCGCCAGGCGCAGGCGCAAGCAACCGUGUAAGGCAUCCAGGCCGGAGUGUUUGUUACUCACUCGGCCAAGGUUGCGAACAACAGCCGGGCCCCUUUUUGCACGUUUUCAUGAUCUUUAUGAUACCAUUCUUGCAAGUCUCAAUUCACACAAAGUGCUGCCCUACCUAACACUGGUGACUUGUUGAUAGGGUUUAAUUG